AUGUUUUUGGCUCUAUUCAUGAAGUGUGUUGUGAGAAAGAUGAUGGGAAGUUGGAAACUAUGGUGUAUAAGUCAACAUCACCACCAAGAAGGUACGAUCCUGCUUCUCUCCCCCACCCCUCAAGGAGCUCUUCAGUGCCUUUGGAGUUGUCAAAAGCAUCUGAAAACAGAGACGUGUUAAUUGAAAAGAAUUUUCAUACCGAAACUUGCAAGGGAGAAGAAACGCCUGUGCCUUCAAAGGUCUUAAAAAAUGGGAAGAAUGAGUCCACCAUUUCAGAAGUGUGGGAGAAUGCGGGUGAUGAUGUUAUCCAGACAGAGUCUCCUGUCAAAAAAGAAGACCCUCUUAAGAAAGCCAGAGAUGAACUGGCAGAAGAGGUUGCGAGAACAGUGAUGUCUAAGUCACCCGAGAGUCAUGAAGGAGAAGGGAUGGCAUUAGAAGAUCUCAUUAGCUCGCUGGCUUUUAACCCAUUUUUAACAAGGAAACAAAUUCCCCGAACUCCAGAAAAUCUGCUUACUGAAAUUAGAAGCUCAUGGAGAAAAGCUGUUCAAACUGAGGGCUCAUUAGACAUAGAGCUGGCCCCAGCUGAAGUAAAGAUAGAAGAAGCUCCAAUGGAGGCUGGAUGUAUAAUGCAGAAGGCAGCAGACUCUAGAUCCACAUGCUCUAUCCCUGUAUCUCCUGUACCUGACUUUGAUCCUCCCUUGUCAGAAAGGAAGUCCCAAUUAAGUUCUACAGAAUUUAGACCUCAAGAGCAGUUGAGGAGGAGUCAUGUCGUUGAAUCUCCAGAUUCAGAAACAUCUGGAAUACAAAAGAGAGAGCAAACUGAAGCACAGGAAUUAAAAUGUGUUGUUUUGAACAAAAGUUCUGUAGAAGAUCCAGAAGAACAAACUUUUCAGUAUGUAAAGAAAAGCAUGAAUACUUCAGCUGUUUUUUCAGAAGACAAUAGUAGAACAAGUGUUCUACCUUCAGACCAUUUUCAGGGUUCCUUAGUGGAUGAGAUGCUGGACAGGAAUGAAUUGUUAAGUUCUAUCAGUCCUAAAGAUGCCUGCUGGGGCAUAUUGGAUGAGACAUUUCCAGAAGAACUUGAUAACAUAAAUCCCGGUGAAUCUACAAACGUAGAGUCUGAUUUUGACAUAACAAACAGCACAUAUCUUCCGAACAGCCUGUUAGAUGAGGGGGCUGUUCAAAAAUCAAAGCUAGAUCUACAGUCCCUGUUCAACACAUAUAAAGCACUGAAAAAGACUGCAUCUAGUAGUGAAGAGGAGCUGCAUCAAACACAUAAUGGAGGUGGAUCUAUCAGUUGUAGAUCAGACCUAAGUCUUGAACCAGAAAAAAGAGAAAAAGAUGAAUUGUGCAGUCCUUCAGAGCACUUCUGCUUGGAUGAAGAAUUUACCAAGACACCAUCACCAAAAUCUCUUAAUGAAAGUAAAUAUUCCCUGUCAUCUUUGCUUGUAUCCUAUCAAGAUCUGGAGGAAAUGGCAUCAAUGGUACACAAAAUACCAUUAGACUUAAUACAUAAAUUGAAGGAUAAAGAGCAGUUGAAUGAGAAGCUGGGCACGAAGGAACCGUCAUCAGGAUAG